AUCGAUCGGACGCUAGCUUCACACACAUUAAUUUGUUGUGAUAAGAAAGUUGUCAACAUUUAUUUAAUUCAUUUUAUUGUAUUUGAUCCAUUUUUCAUUAAAAUUUAUUAGAAAAUACCUAUAAUUCAAUGGCAAGUGCUGUAGAGAGGCCUGAUUCAGCUCCUGAACACUGUCCAGGAACUCAAAGUGACCAAGCCGGCAAAGCUUCAGCAUGUGCCGGUUGUCCUAAUCAACAGAUUUGUGCUACAGGACCAAAGGGUCCAGAUCCUGGUAUAGCUUUAGUCAAAGACAGGUAUGAAUACUCACAUGAAAGAAAAAGAAGGUUGCAAAAUGUAAAAAAUAAAAUCCUUAUUCUAUCGGGAAAAGGUGGUGUGGGUAAAAGUACAGUCACAGCACUUUUAAGUAGAGCUUUGGCUGUUGAAGACAAUGAAAGAAAUGUAGCCGUACUGGACAUAGACAUAUGUGGUCCAUCACAGCCAAGAGUUUUAGGAGUUCUUGAUGAGCAAGUACAUCAAUCUGGGUCUGGGUGGUCACCAGUGUAUGUGGAUGACAAUCUAUCAUUAAUGUCCAUAGGCUUCUUGUUAUCUUCUCCAGAUGACGCAAUUAUAUGGAGAGGCCCAAAGAAAAACAAUUUAAUUAAGCAGUUUUUAAGUGAAGUUGAUUGGGGAAAGUUGGAUUAUUUAUUGAUAGACACACCUCCAGGUACAUCCGAUGAGCACCUAUCAGCAGUCACAUACCUGUCCCAAGCUAACUUGACAGGUGCGAUCAUAGUGACUACUCCCCAAGAAGUGGCCUUAUUGGAUGUCAGGAAAGAAAUCGAUUUUUGCAGGAAAACGAAGAUCAACAUAUUGGGAGUGGUAGAGAAUAUGGCAGAAUUUAUCUGCCCUUGUUGUCAGAAAUCGGCAGAAAUAUUCAAAGCUACCACAGGUGGUGUCAAGAAAAUGUGUGAAGAAUUAGACGUUCCAUUUUUGGGUAGUUUACCACUGGAUCCAAAAGUUACAAGAAGUUGUGACGAAGGGAAAAAUUUCUUUGAAGAAGUGCCUGAUUCACCAGUAAUAAGCGUCCUUCAAACUAUCGUUAAAAAUAUUACAGCUAAAUAUGGAUAGUCACUAUAAGAAAACAUGCAUAUCAUUAAGUAAACAUGUUAUUCUAUGAGUAAAUAUAAUUUUUUAGUAUAA